AUGGAGCUCUGUGCUGAAGUCGACCCUUCUUUGGUUAUCGUCAAUGACUCGAAGUGGUUGUCGACCUACUCGAACAAGUUGGAUCCAUCACCGGCAGUGCGUGAGACGUUUCCGGCAUUCAUCGACAGCAAGUUCGAUGUCAAGGAAGAGAACAAAAUGCCUUCAGAAUUUGCCCAUGUUGCUAAGGAGAUCCUCGAUGCCGGCAGUCCUGAAGGUGGCAGAACGGGCGGUAUGCCUGCGCUAGUCAUAAAAGACACAGGGAGUCACCCAGAGGUUGAAGAAAAGAAGAAGCCUGAUCUGAUACUCUACAUUGAUACGCCUGAAGCACGCAAGGCUUAUGAGCUGAGUCAGGAUGAGCUCGACGAAGCGAAGGUGACUCUGAAGGAGCGACUUGAGUACUUGCCAAACUUGGGCAGAGCGGCUUGGCCUCACGCGUGCCUUUUUGUGGAGUUCAAGGCGGCUGAUGAAGAAAAUCCAUUUGAGAAGCAGGAGGACGACGAGUACAUGCCUCGAGAUACACCUGAUGCGAUGGAGGCGAGAGGACAGAUGUACGCGUAUGCGACAGCGAUCAUGAACGCUCAACCUCGCACGCACGUCUUCUUCAUCAACAUUUGGAGGACUCAGGCAACUCUGUUCUAUGCUGAUCACUCGCAGUUUGUUUGCACAAAGCCCUUCAAUUUCACUGGCAAGUCGAGUGCUCUGUCAACGUUCCUCUAUCACCUCGGACAGAUGAACCGGGAGGAACUCGGCUAUGACUCUUCUGUGACGGCCGCCACGGCUGAAGAUAUCGCUGCAGUGAACGACGUCAAGGCUGAAAUGACGCCGUAUCAUCAGGAUUGUGUUGCGGACGCAUUCUUCGAGUCAGGGUGGCCUGUAUACAGAGUGACGAUGCCAGCGGAGCAGGCCGGGUUCAAACAACCAUGGGAAGAUGGCGAUUUCCUUAUCGGACGGCCAUUGUACAAGAUCUAUUCGCCCACAAGCCGGACUACGAAAGUGUAUGCAGCAUACAACAUGACGACCGAGAGGAUGUGCACGGUGAAGGACUGCUGGCCGGAGGAAUGGGAGGACGGUGAGCACACGACGUACAAGUGUAUCCAGGAGGCCGAGGUACGGUACACUGCAACGUGCUUGUAUGGUGGCUAUGUAGGCGAGCAGAAGACGAAGACCUGCGGCGAUCUGGAGCACACGCGUCCCAUCCGGAGACAUUACCGCAUCGUACUCAAGGAGCUUGCUCGACCACUGGAUAGCUACGAAAGCUCGGGAGAACUGAUUGUAGCGGGAUGGUGCGUGUUGACAGCACACCGCGAGGCAUGGGAGAAGUGCGGCUUGCUACACCGGGACAUGAGCCCUGGCAAUAUGGUCUUCGAUGAGGUCGAUCCCCGAGACCGUCCUAAGGAUGAACCCCGACGCAUCCAAGCUCUUCUGAUUGACUGGCAUCUUGCCAAGUCCAAAGACGAGCUUAAAAGUGGUGCGAAACGAGGAACAUGGCAAUUUAUCUCCGCACGACUGCUCCGAAAUCCGACUGCGCAGAACGAGGUUUCGGAUGAUCUCGAGUCUGUCAUUCUCAUCAUGGAAUGGAUGUCAUUGAGGUUCCACGACCAUCAGUGCGAGAUGGAUCGUGUAGGCUGGCUGAAAGAACAUGUCCUGAAGUUCUUCGAAUUUCGUGCCUACGAUUUCGGCAAUCACCAUGUCGGCGGCGAAGAGAAAUACAAACAAUGGAUGUACGGUAGCAGGGACUGGCAGCCAAAAAACACAAUGUCCGUGUUCGAGAAUUUAUUGGACUCUCUUUUGCAGCUAGCACACAACCACUACCUGGCACUCAAGGCUCGUGCACCUCAACCAGCUCCACCAGCCAAACCAACCUUCGAGUUGCAUUUCACUGCGGCGCUACCCAAAAAGCUCGCUAAGAAACCCAGGCCUCAGCCAGGUCCAUCUGCCACUGUGAAGACAACUGACACGGGCACCUUGUCUCUCGCCACGCAUGCCGAGAUUAUCACAACUUUCCGCGAAGCAAUGGAAAGUCUAUCUAAAGGAUUUGUCCGUGACAAAGUCAGCGACAAGUUCGAAAGCAUCGGAAUGGCAACAGAGAAGUUUUCUCUAGCGGAGAAUGCCAAGCGGUCGAAGCAGUCGAAGAAGCAAGCAACAAGCGAACAGCAGGAGAAAAGACUGCGGAGGACAAGGAGCCUUCAUCUUUCGGCGCAGGCGAGCACUGAAGGAGAACAGGCAGAGGGUUUGAGCAAGCCAGUCAAACGCAGGUUAGACCAGAUGGAAGGGCUGGAGGAGAAGGACGGAGCGAAGCGACAGGCAACUGGGACAACUCGGAGCGGCUCGCAUCUCCGCAACCCCACGACGUAG